UUCUGCUACUCAUUGUUUCAUUGAUUAUUAUGGACUCUUUACACUCCCUUCCCAACGUAAAGCUUCUCCGUCACUGUUUUCCUUCUGUGCUCUCGAUUACUUCAUGUCCUCUUCAAUGCCAGUCUUCACGCUCAGGCUUUUUCACGGUGUCAAAGUUGGCAGCUGCAAAGAAAAAAGUCAAGAUGAUUCAUUGUGAGUUCGACGGCAAAGUUAACGGCGCUUUGUCUUCUGACUCAGAUUCUCGCUUCCUCGACCGGCAAAAAGCGCUGGAUGCAGCUAUGAAUGACAUAAAUAGCUCUUUUGGGAAAGGAAGCGUUACAAGAUUGGGUAGUGCUGGUGGAGCCCUUGUUGAAACAUUUCCCAGCGGCUGUUUAACACUAGAUUUGGCCUUAGGUGGUGGACUUCCUAAAGGAAGAAUUGUAGAGAUAUUUGGACCAGAAAGCAGUGGAAAAACCACUCUUGCACUCCAUGCAAUUGCAGAAGUGCAGAAGCUUGGGGGCAAUGCAAUGCUUGUGGAUGCAGAGCAUGCUUUUGAUCCUGCAUAUUCGAAGGCAUUGGGUGUGGAUGUAGAAAAUUUAAUUGUUUGCCAGCCUGAUAAUGGAGAGAUGGCUCUAGAAAUUGCAGAUCGUAUGUGCAGAUCUGGUGCUGUUGACCUUAUUUGUGUUGAUUCUGUAUCAGCUCUUACUCCAAGAGCAGAGAUUGAAGGUGAGAUUGGGAUGCAGCAAAUGGGAUUGCAAGCUCGCCUCAUGAGCCAAGCUCUACGUAAAAUGUCAGGAAAUGCCUCAAAAGCUGGUUGUACUCUCAUUUUUCUCAAUCAGAUCAGAUAUAAGAUUGGUGUAUAUUAUGGGAAUCCAGAAGUCACUAGUGGAGGAAUCGCACUAAAGUUUUUUGCCUCAGUUCGUCUAGAAAUACGUUCUACAGGGAAGAUAAAAUCUGUUAAAGGAGAUGAGAAUAUUGGGCUUCGAGUUCGUGUAAGAGUGCAAAAGAGUAAGGUAUCAAGGCCAUACAAGCAAGCGGAAUUUGAAAUCAUAUUUGGAGAGGGAGUGAGUAAACUGGGAUGUGUUUUGGAUUGUGCUGAAAUGAUGAAUGUUGUGGCAAGGAAGGGAGCUUGGUAUAGCUAUGGAGACAAUAGGUUGGGACAGGGAAGAGACAAAGCAUUACAAUACCUGAGAGAGAACCCUCUACUCCUUGAAGAAAUAGAGAAGAUAGUUCGAUCUACAAUGGCAGAUGGAACGGUACAUCAAGUUGUGCCUCCUUUGAAGAGCUUGUUACAGUCUUAUGAAGAGGAAAAUGCUUUUAACGAUAUUUAGGUAGGCAACGAAUUUCUUCAUAACUAUUUGAAUUCACAGGUGGAAGGAUUUUUCCCACAUACAACAAAUAUGUAGUUAGUAAGACUUAGUGCUUCAACGUAAUUCCCCAUUCGAGUUUCCUUCAAUGAAACAACGAAACCUUGCUGCGACGAGUUAAUGCUCAUGGAAAUUGAAUUCCCUUGUAUUCUGUUGAUUUUUGGUGUAGAGGGAGGUGAAAGGAGGGAAAGGAUGGUAUUUUGACCUUUUAAUGAAAUUAAACAAUUUUUUACUA